AUGUCGUCCAAUGAUAAUAACAUAGCGACACAAUUAUUGUCGCGAGCACAUUCACCUGAUACUACGAAUCGAAUAUUCACCGAAAAGGUCAAACAGCGACCAUUACACCUCAAACCUACCGAACCAAACAAUGAACAACAGCAUCGUCGUGUCGAACGACAGCGAAAACUUGCGCUACGGAAGAAGAAAUUGAAGCCUGCCCCUCUAUCUGCUCGAGAGAAACGUGCUCUGUGUCUUUACGAUGUACCCAAAUCGGCACAGAAAUACAGCAUUUACGAACCUUUACAUAAAAUGUGGAUAGGAUAUAUCUCGGAAGUGUUAGGAGGGGGAAACUGUAUGCCAGUCACUGGAUCUGCGGCUGCUAAAUUAUGCAGUGCCGAUUAUCAUGGAGCGGAACUUGAGGUGGUGAGAAGUAGAUGUGUGAGUAGAGUUGGUGUGAAGGGAAUUGUGAUCAAGGAUUCAAAGGGAGUUUUUGAGGUUAUCACGAAGAACAAUGAUUUGAAGGUUCUGCCAAAGGAGAAUACCAUUUUUAAAUUUACGAUACCGAUCCUAGCGACAAAGCAAGAUACCCAUUUGGAGAAAGAUGGGAUUUCUUCCGUCAAAGAAUUGGUAUUUGAGUUGCAUGGUGAACAAUUUAUGCAUAGAGCAGCAGAUCGGGCUAAUAAGAAAUUCAAACCACAUUUCUUGCCUCAUCGUAUUAUUGAACAUCCAAUUGACCAAGAACCAAGAGCCAAGAACCGUGCCAACUCCACCAACGCCGCCAUCGUGUGCCCUGUCUUCCAAACUAUCGUCAUAUAG